UUGGCCUCCAGUGUUUGCUACCGCCGCGGGCGCCGGCAAGGCCCCUGCAGCCAACAGGACCAAACGAGUUUUCUGAUUGCCUUGUCUGGGGCUGGUCUGAGUGUUCCUGGCAGCAGGGAAGACGGAAGCCUAUUUUCAGUCUCAAGUACAAAACUCACACUUCCAGUUCCCAUUCCGACUUAAAAGAACAGCUGAUGAAUUCCUUUAUUACUGCUUUUCAAGAUGUCUAUUAAAGAAUUUAAUGGAAAAGAAGAAACGUCUCAAGAAAAACAUAUCACCUCUUCACCCAUUUUUGAUGAAAAUGAGAAAAAACCCUCAGCAAAUUCUACUUGUUCAGCUUUCUCUGUAAGAUCAGUUUCAACAGAGAAGAGAAAACUGAAAUCCGAUCAUACAGACAUUCUGUACUGCAAUAAAAAUAGAAGAUCAGACCUGAAAAGAUUGAAUACAGAAACUGACAUACCCAGAAAGAAAAAGAAAAUCAGUUCUUUAUCCCAAGGACAUCUUAAACUCCCAGAAGCAUCAUAUUCAAAUAAUAAUCAAAUUACUUCAUGGAGUUCUUCAAAUGGAGCUAAAAGAGAUGUUAAACUUAAAGAUAUUAGAUUAACAAAUGUUGGGAGUAAGAUUGACUAUGGAAUAAAAAGUCUUAACAGUUCUAAAAUUGCCAAAGAUAUGAAAUCAAAAGCAGAAGGCCAGGCUAAGGAAAAGACCUGGCCUCAUUUACUUAUUCAUAAGGACAAGAUGAAAGAACUGAAGAAAGAAAGUAACAACAAAUUUAAAGACAGUUCUGAAGAAUGUGUCCUGGAGAAAUGCAAAAAAUUUCAGUUUUUUCACAAUUAUCAUUCCAAGGAGAUAACCAAGGAACCUUUUGAAUCUAGAAGAAGGAAGAUUGGUUUCAAAAUUCCAAUAAAAUCCUAUAAUACCCUUCAGAAGCUUGUAGAAGAAAACGUCUUCAGUUCAGAGUCUAGUAAACCAAAAACUAAGCAGGAAGAAAAGGAAUGCUUGAAAAGUUGCCAGGUGUCAUUAAACAUGAACAGGUGUAAAACCCAGCCCUUGUUUUCCGACUCUACCUAUAAGCAGACUGUUCGUGAGUGGAAAAGAAAAUAUCAUGAGCAUCAAGAAAGUAAUGAUUCAAACUCUAAGGAAAAUCUUGCUCAGAAACCUGGAACAACAUGUUCACCAGUGUCACUUGAAAGUACCCAAGAUACAGAUCAAGAGAUGCAGAUAGUAGAAGAGCUCCAUGCUGCACGUGUGGGGAAAAGUGUAGAUUUACCUGUAGUUCCAUCUUCUGGAGACUUAAUGAGUAUGGAAAUUGACUUGGUGGAAGAUGAUGUACACCCUUCUACUGGCAUAUCUUCAAAUAAUACCUCUGACAAAAAGCUUCUAAUUGUUAUUGACACAAACAUUCUGAUGAAUCAUCUCAAAUUUGUUCGAGUUUUGAAGACAACAGAAAUUACAGGUUUUGAAAGUCUUGUGUUAAUAAUUCCCUGGGUAGUUGUACAAGAGUUAGAUCGUAUGAAGGUAGGAAAGCUACUAAAACAUGCCCAGCACAAGGCUAUACCUGCAAUUCAUUUCAUCAAUGACAGCCUCAAAAAUCAAGAUACAAGGCUAUGGGGUCAGUCAUUACAACUUGCAGCCCAAAUACUCUAUGGAUUCAGUGAUGAGAACAAUGAUGAUCGAGUAUUAAAAUGCUGCCUUCAGUACCAGGAAUUAUUUCCAUGUUCUCUUGUUAUUCUGUGCACUGAUGAUAGAAAUUUACGAAGUAAAGGUCUAAUAAGUGGUGUGAAAUCACUCAGUAAAGAAGAAUUGAGUGCAGAGUUAUUAAAUAUAUCUCUGAACACAGUGAUGUGUCAUCAGCCUUGUAUUUCUAACCAACCAUUGAAAACAGCAGCAUUGCCUGUAGCAGUGAGCCCUGAGGAAGAGUCUACAAGCCCUGCACUGUCUGUUCAGCUGGAGCACAUCCUGUGUGAGCUUGAAAAAUGUUUUGGAGCAGCUUUAACUUCCAUAUUAGAGACGGAGAUGAAAAUUGCAUUUGGAGACCUUUGGACAGAGAUGCUGUAUGUGAAACCACCAUGGACUGUAAUAGGUUUAUUGCAGUGCUUUAAAAAACAUUGGUUGGCUGUAUUUGGAUUAGUUAUGGAAAAGAAGUUGCUUUUAACUAUUGACAGCUUAUAUGAAAAUUUCUCUAAAGCUAAUAAGGCAGUAGAUUUUGCAACAGUGAAAUUUCUGCUUCUGGAUUCUAAAAGUUUGUUGCAUGCUUUCAGCACAAGAUCAAAUUAUGAUGGUAUUCUCCCACAGACCUUUGCUAAAGUGAACAAACUACUCCAAGUAUUUGCAGAGGUCAAGACAAAACUUAAGCCAAAUUCUUCAGAAAGCACAGUGAGUAAAAAGCAAGAAGAUACUACUUUCAUGAAUAUUCAUAGCCCAGAGGUCAAUGUUUUCUUGGAUACUCAUCUUGUCCAACUUACCAGACAUCAAGAAAUCUGGUCUGUCCUAGAAAAUGUGUGGACUACAAUUUAUCAGAACAGCACGGAUGUAUUUCAAAGAUUGGGCCAAAGUUCAGCUCUGACUACUUCAAAAAUAGCAUCAUUUGAAGAAGCAUUUCUAUGUCUUCAAAAGUUAAUGGCAGCUGUCAAGGAUAUUCUUCAAGGAAUUCAGAGGAUUUUGGCUCCCAACAGUACUUAUCAAGAUGUUGAGACUCUCUAUAACUUCCUAAUCAAGUAUGAGGUAAAUAAAAAUGUCAAAUUUACUGCCCAGGAACUUUAUGACUGUGUUUCUCACACAGACUAUCGGGAAAAGCUAACUAUUGGAUGCCACCAGCUGAUCGAGAUGGAGCAUACCAUGCAGCAGUGCAAUGCUUCUGUCUAUAUGGAGGCCAAAAACAGAGGGUGGCGUGACGACACAUUCAACAGUAGGACCUAAGUUCUUAAGUGCAGUUGCAUCUGUCUUCAAGAAUAACGUAACUUUCAACCUGGUCACCUCUUUUGAGCCAAACCCAGGAGAAUUAUAAUGUCUCAUACCUGCAAAGGUGUGUUUUUAAUAGUCUCAUUUCAUCUAUAGGAUUCACUAUAGGAUCUGUGAGGUCAGCUCUUCUGGAGUUAGAAAUAGCUCCAUACUUCUGGUACUGUGGCCUGUCCCUAAGGUAGGGAGCCAUCUCCGUGUUCUGUGUCAGGAGCCACUGCCACAUAAGCAUGACCCAGGGCACAGCAUUAGCACUUUAAGACAUGACCAUGCUCACCACAUUCCACGAAUGAACUCUUCCUGACUGAACCAUUAUUCAUAUAAACCUGGUGGAAGGCUGGGGAGAGGGUUCAGUAGUUGUGGCUUGCUUGCAGACUUUCCAACCCAAGUUUGAUCCUAAAUGGCCAUGUAAAGCCAGAUGCCAAGUGGUGUACAAGGCUAUCAUCCUAGUGCACAGCAAUGGGGGGCAGAGCCAGGGGACUCUAGAAACUCAAAAGCAGCAGUAGCAAAAACAUCAUGAGAAACUCUGUCUCAAGAGGUGGAAGGAGCCAGGCCUAGUGGCUCACGCCUUUAAUCCCAGCACUUGGGAGGCGGAGGGAGGAGUAUCGCUGUGAGUUUGAGGCCAGCCUGAGCGUACAUAGUGAAUUCCAGGUCAGCCUAGGCAUACCUCAAAAAAACAAAGCUGAAAGGAGGAGAAACACCAAAGCUGUUCUCUGAUACAGCAUGCACACAACUACAUCAUAUACAUAUACAAAAAAAUAAAUCUGGUGGAAGUAUAGCCACCUCCCUCAGGGAAAUGAAAAUAGAAUUUUGACUUUGCUCCUGCAUCCUACAUAGCUUCUGUCCUUUGGGUUUGUCACUUUGAGUGCAUUUCUAGUGGGGAAGAGACCCUCUGCUGAUUUGUCCCUUAAAUGUGAAGCAGCAUAAAUUUGGGAGAUUAUGUAGCAGUGGCUACCUAAACCUCAAGGGUUUGGCUUCUUAGGCCUACAGGAAGUUGGAAAUCCUUAUUUACUGAAGUGUAUUAUGCUUUUGUUAAGAGAUUAAA